AUGUGGUGCUGCAUCACGCAGGACAACCAGGACUCGGAGCUGACAGUAGCCGCCUCUCACGUCCUGCCUCAGGGCAUCGACAUCGGGAACCUUGAAGACCGCCCGGAGUUCAUCUAUCCAGAUGGUUCAAGCUAUGUUGGCCAGUGGAAUGGCAGCAAGCGAGAAGGAACUGGCAUUCAGGUGUGGAAGGACGGUGAGCGGUACGCGGGUGGCUGGAUGGCUGACCAGUUUCAUGGCAACGGGAGGUUUGAGCACCAGAAUGGGGACUUCUACGAAGGCGAGUUUGAUACCGGAGCCGCGCACGGCAAAGGCACGUACCAGCAGAUUGGAGGUGCAAAAUACGUCGGCGAGUGGCAGCAGGAUCAGAAGCACGGCUUCGGCGAGGAAGCUUGGCCUGAUGGCACGAGGUACUCAGGCUACUACGUGCGGGGAGAGAAGUCUGGCUAUGGAGAGCUGCUGUGGGCGGACGGGCCGGGAUCCCGAGCCAGACAUGAUCCUAUGCUGUGGUUCAUGGCUGAGUUUGUGUUGGCUUCGACUCGAGGUGAUCGUUGCUUCCCGUGGUCGUCGCUGUCGUGCUUGUCUCUGUGUGCAUGGCGUGCUUUGUGGUGCAGAGCAGGUCAUGUUUGUAAGCAGCAUACGUGCCAAUGCUGGUCACAGAAGGCAUCCUGCGGAAGACGAGCACUAAGCUUUUCGGCCUGGAAGCAGCGGUGA